UCCCUAAAACACACACACACACACACACACACACACACCAGACUUUACAUCCCAAUUCCUCGCCGUCGUGUGUGUGUUCCUGUAACAGAGGAAGACCCGAGAGGAUUAUUUUCCAUGCCCGGUCUGUGUUCCGGAGGCCAUUCUGUUUUUAAUCCCAGAGCGGUUUUCUGCCACACAACCGCAAGUCUUCUUAAUUUCAUAAACACUCAUUCAAUAAUCAUGAACCUUUUCGUUGUCGGGACGAUCCUCAUCUGGGUGGGCUUGGGGCCCAUUGUUGACAGUACCGGCGGUGUUGCGGGGCUCCCGGGGCUCCCGGAGGACAACCCGCGAUGUGCCGCCCUGGUGGAGGCCGCAAAGGCCGAGUACCGGAGACUGUACGAGGCGGGACUGAAAGAUGCACCAAAUUUGAUGGAUCUGAUACUGACAAGUUUGGGGAUUGCUUCAAACGACACCUUUAAGACCACAGAAAGAAAAGUCUUCAAUAAUACCGAUGAAACGGGACAUGAAACCGGAAAAAAGACAGUCGUUGAGAAGACGACAGAGACUGACGUAGUACCCAACGGAACUGUAUCAAAGACUUCCGAAACCACGGUCGACAUAGAUGAGGACGGUAAACAAAGUGGUGAAAAAUCUGUGACCGAAAGAGAAACCAUGACAGGACAGACUCCAAACAAUGGGACCAUAGCACAGACGGUGGACGUUAAGAAGGUAAUGGACGAAGCGGGUAAUGAAAUAAAGGAGGAAGUUGUUGUUAAGAAGGAAUUAAUAGUACAACCUCCUACCAAUACGACUGACGCAAAUCUUAUCGUUCCAAAAGUAGGGGCGGACGACAAAGGUAAUAACGAAACCGAAUUAAAACUUGGUGGCUCAGGAAAGAGCGAUGGACUUCUGAAAGUAGAACGAACUGAGGAAAUAAAGGAGAUUAUGCCCGGCAAUAUAACGAAUGAAGUUUUAGUAAAACAGAAGGAAGAACAACUUUCGCCACAGGAAAGCACCAAGGUGACAUCUGUGGAAAGGAAGAAUGUUACAGAGAAGGAUGAUGGACUUCAGAAAGUUGAACGAACUGAGGAAAUAAAGGAGAUUAUGCCCGGCAAUAUAACGAAUGAAGUUUUAGUAAAACAGAAGGAAGAACAACUUUCGCCACAGGAAAGCACUAUUGUGACAUCUGUGGAAAGGAAGAAUGUUACAGAAAAGGAUGAUGGACUUCAGAAAGUAGAAAGAACAGAAGAAAUAAAGGAGAUUAUGCCCGGCAAUAUAACGAAUGAAGUUUUAGUAAAGCAGAAGGACGAACAACUUUCUCCACAGGAAAGCACCAAGGUGACAUCUGUGGAAAGGAAGAAUGUUACAGAAAAGGGUGAUGGAAAAGAUGUCGAGAAAGAAACUGUAAUUCAAAAAGAAGUCGAAAAGAAUGUGUGUGAUAGCGACAUCAAAGAGGUUCGUAACGAAAAACAUCUUAAUGAAACAAUUGAAGACUUGAAACACCAAGUUGAUGACGUGAAAAACAAGAUUAAGGAAGAAAAAGCAAAGGCUGAAGAAACAAAUGCUACGCGUAGCCUAUUCGAACCAAGUGCUGCCCCUAUCAUUCAAGAAGGUAAAGUCGUUGAAAAGAUAGUCCCUGCUGUGACGCCGGCGAAGAUUGCUGAAAAGAUUUCCCCCACGGUGACGGAAGGAAAAGUCCCCGUUGUGACAAAAGAGAAGGUUGUUGAGCAGGCUGCCCCUUCGGUGACAGAGGAGAUCGUAAGUGUCUCUAAGGAGCAAGAAGAAGUCCCUGUUGUGGCAGAAGAGAAGGUUAUUGAAAAGAUUCAUCCUGCGAUGACGGAAGGAAAAGUCCCGGUAGUCCCUCAACAGGAGGUUGUCGAAAAAGUUGCCCCAUCGCCGACAGAGGAAAAAGUUCAUGUUGUGACACAAGAAAGGGUUAUUGAGCAGAAUGCCCCACAAGAAAGGGUUAUUGAGCAGAAUGCCCCACAAGAAAGGGUUAUUGAACAGGCUGCCCCACAAGAAAGGGUUAUUGAAGAGGUUGCCCCACAAGAAAGGGCUAUUGAACAGGCUGUCCCACAAGAAAGGGCUAUUGAACAGGCUGUCCCACAAGAAAGGGUUAUUGAACAGGUUGCCCCACAAGAAAGGGUUAUUGAACAGGCUGUCCCACAAGAAAGGGUUAUUGAACAGGCUGUCCCACAAGAAAGGGUUAUUGAACAGGCUGUCCCACAAGAAAGGGUUAUUGAAGAGGUUGCCCCACAAGAAAGGGCUAUUGAACAGGCUGCCCCACAAGAAAGGGCUAUUGAACAGGCUGUCCCACAAGAAAGGGUUAUUGAACAGGUUGCCCCACAAGAAAGGGCUAUUGAACAGGCUGCCCCACAAGAAAGGGCUAUUGAACAGGCUGUCCCACAAGAAAGGGCUAUUGAAGAGGUUGCUCCACAAGAAAGGGCUAUUGAACAGGCUGCCCCACAAGAAAGGGCUAUUGAACAGGCUGUCCCACAAGAAAGGGCUAUUGAAGAGGCUGUCCCACAAGAAAGGGCUAUUGAACAGGCUGCCCCUACGGCGACAGAAGAGAUUGUCACUGUUUCUAAAGAGAAAGAAGAAGUCCCUGUUGUUGUAACAGAGGAAAAGGUUCCCGUUGUGACAAAUCAGACAGUUGUUGAAAAGAUUUCCCCCACGGUGACGGAAGGAAAAGUCCCCGUUGUGACAAAAGAGAAGGUUGUUGAGCAGGCUGCCCCUUCGGUGACAGAGGAGAUCGUAAGUGUCUCUAAGGAGCAAGAAGAAGUCCCUGUUGUGGCAGAAGAGAAGAACGUUACUGAAAAGAUUCACCCUGCGAUGACGGAAGGAAAAGUCCCGGUAGUCCCUCAACAGGAGGCUGUUGAAAAAGUUGCCCCAUCGCCGACAGAGGAAAAAGUUAAUGUUGUGACACAAGAAAGGGCUAUUGAGCAGAAUGCCCCACAAGAAAGGGCUAUUGAAGAGGUUGUCCCACAAGAAAGGGCUAUUGAACAGGCUGCCCCUACGGCGACAGAAGAGAUUGUCACUGUUUCUAAAGAGAAAGAAGAAGUCCCUGUUGUUGUAACAGAGGAAAAGGUUCCCGUUGUGACAAAUCAGACAGUUGUUGAAAAGAUUACUCCUUCCGUAACGGAAGAAAAAGUUGUCACUCAACGGAAGGUUGUUGAGAAGGGUGCCCCCUCUGUCAACGAAAGCGUAGUUUCCAUUCCAAAGAGGGAGGAAGGAGUAGUUGAAAGAAUUGCUCCUGUUGUAUAGAAAGCAAUUACAACAGAGUAGUGAUACCAUGUUGCUGUUUCUCUUAUCUAUUUCAU